GUGGUUGAUCUAAUAAUUACUUUGCCUCAGGUCGUGGUGUAUAUCCACUGGGUUUCCAAUUCCAGCAACGAUUUAAAACCAUGUGUAGGGUUUUUCCUGAGAAGUUGAGGGACGUUGUAGUUGUGUGACCUAUGUCCCAUGCCUACUGUUCACUAUGAGCGCUCUAAUUUAGCCGGCAGGGGGAGUAUUUCUUCUAUUGGAGAGGGGAGCAAGUGCAAGUUCAGUGGUCACUCUGAUUUACACACUUCUGUGUAUUAGUAGGGUCUGCAUAUAAUAGCAAUGUUCUGGAUCACUAGGAAUAGUCGAGAAUGAACUAGACUGCGCAGAAUUUAGUCCCCGUCAUGGAACUGCACUCUCACACCGGGCAAAGGAAAUCCUUCCCCACCCUUCCCUUUCCUCAAGUCCUGCUCCCUCUACCCACGAUGAGGGAACUGCUUAUGGCAUCGAAUGUUGUUCUCUGUGAAAUCAUUUCCACAAUAUUAUUUUUAGCACAGAAGUAGCCUAACUUAUAGACAACAAUAUUGACCUGUAGCCCAAUAUUUGACCCGCUCAACUACUAAUAAUUCGCAAAAGAUUUCCUACGGACACCGGUGUUUAAAGUUAUCGAUUCACACUUGUGCUCAUAGUUUCUAUCUUCCUGUGUUCAGUGGAACUGAUACAAUAUUGAUUAACAAUAACUAACGUUUUUGCUUUGAUGUUACUGAAUUACAACAUAACCAACGCAUCACACACUUCCCCGCGACUGCCCGUCAAGUUGUCUCCUCCCGUUCUAGAAUGACGUCAGGGUCUCAGCCCGCUACUCGCAACUUUUCAAAAGCGUCCCAGUCAGAUUCAGAGCAGGCUGAGAUUGACUGUUGACGCUGGAUGAGCCGGCUCCGAAUGGGUGGAAAUUUUGUGACGGCUAUAAAUUACAAAAUAUUUUAAACCAUCCCUGUACAUUCUAUACAAAGGAGAUGUAUUGAUUUUGUUCAUCAAUAUUACGUGAUGGAAAGAUCUGAGGCAUCUACGAAAACGUGCCUUCGUUGAAGACGUGCAACUGUGACUUGGCUAACUUUACAAGUAGCCCACUCUCAAGAGGAACAAGUUUUCAAAUUUCUUAACUUCACACUUACAGUUUCUGAAUGUUAUUGUAGUUUGCUGUUGUUACUGGCUAUGGGCUGUUUCUUUUCCGCAAGAAACGGACUUAUUUCAUCCUCAUCGAUCCCUGGAUGUAUCAGGGACUAACAAAAUCAAUUAGGAUAACACAGCCUUGGGCAUAACGUUAACUAUGGGAGAGUCCGCGUGCAAAUGGGAAUAUAACGUUAGCCGUCUCAACAGAUAUGGUUCUUCGGCAAAACUGUUGUACGCUCUCAAGCUGGCAUUUUGUCAAUAGGUUUUAUUUGUCUUUACAAGAGACAGCACUUGCGUCCUAAAAUAGUUAAAGCAAAUAAGUGAACGCAGUUAUCACCUCAACAAGUUAACAUGAUUUCAGAGGAACGGAGUAACCACAUCGCCAAACAGGCACUCGGUUUUCCUGUGGGUUUGUUGAUCCGCUCACCGAAGAGACGCCUGGCCAAGCUCGGAAGAAAGUCAAGCAAUGGCUCCUUACAGUCCAACACGUCUGACAGCACCACGCGCUCGGUGGAGAGCUCCACAGGCGUGCGGCAGCCGGCCAAGAGCAAGAUCCGUCGCCACAACAACCGGCUGUCCACCGUGUUCAACCGCAGUCCCCUGCUCCGGGACGGCGGGAGCAGGAGCCUGGGCGGAGUAGGGGACAGGAGCGACCCCCACCCGGUCGCCGAUGACCCCGCGGAGCUCUCCAGCCAGAUGUCCGCUCCGGGCAUCCUGAAGAUCUUCGGCAGCGACAUCUGCCAGGGCGCCAACUACAAGAGCGUGCUGGCCACGAGCCGCUCCAGUGCCAAGGAGCUCAUUAAGGAGGCCCUGGAGAGGUACAGUCUGGAGAAAGAAGACUCGUCCGACUACGUGCUCUGCGACGUGAUUGGCCAGACGGGCGCUGACCACCAGUGGAAGACGGAGUGCUAUCGGGUGGUGGGGGAGCACGAGCGGCCGCUCAUGCUGCAGGCGCUGUGGAAGCCCAAGCAGGGACUGUCCAGACGCUUUGAGAUCCAGAAGAGGUCCGCUGUGGAAGAGCGCAGCGCCCGGGACACGGACGACGUCACUGCAGGCCUCAAUGCCCAGGCACGGAAGCUGCAGCACGGCCGCUCCCGCGUCACCUCCCUCUUUGUGGACGGCAGCGAGGGCGAGGCCGAUGGACAGGCCAUCUGGAGGAGCCUGAGCGACAUGGACGUGUCGGCCAUGGGCCAAGAGGCCGGCCGAGCCGCCAGGCGGGCCCUCGGGGGCCAAAAGGACCCCACCGUGGCGGCAGCGGUCAGCCCACCGGAGAGCCCGUCCGAGGCGGACGCGCGGAGCCUGCGCACAGAAAAGGAGGAGACGGAGAGCAGUGACGACAACAGCACGCAGUACUCUGUCCACCCGCCAUUCGACUUCCCCUACUUCCUGCUGCUGCAGGGCUACAACUACAGACAGGACUUUGUGAUCUACCUGAUGAGUGGAAGCAGCUGUGUGUUGGGUUGCUGCGGCGAGCACCUGCAGGGCGAGGACGAGGAGCGUCUGAAGGUGGACGUGCUGCUCUUCGCCCCGGACGUGCUGCCGCAGCACUGCCGCGUGCGUCGCCAGGACCCCGACGUCAGCGAGAGUCACGGCGGCGGGGGCGGUCACGCCGGGCUCACCCUGCUGGAGCCCUUCCAGGGGGCGGCGGUCACCCACAACGGCGUGCCCCUGAAGCACGAGACGCCCCUCAGCCCUGGCGACCUGGUAGGCCUGGGUCAGCAUUACCUCUUCAUGUUCAAGGACCCCACGGCCGGCGACGCUCCGCGCACCCCGGCCUGGAUCACCUGGCUGUGCCCGGGCAGCGAGGCCUCGGACUGGCCCGGGAAAGCGGGCAGGGCCUUCGGUGGUAUCGGCGGGGGCAGGAGGCGGUUCGGCCGGCCCAUCCUGCGCUGGAGGGACCUGGAGGGCCGUGAGCUCUGCUUGGCCUACGCGCUGCCGCAGGAGGACCGGCUCCUGGACGAGAUCCUGGCGGCGGUGGAGCCGGUGGGUGACACGCCCAAGCUCACGCCGGCCUUCCUGCUGUGCCUGUGUGUCCAGCACUCUGCCGCCCACUUCAAAAUGGCUGACCUCCGCCGGCUCCUGUUGCGCAUCGCCAGCCAGAUCCAGCUGACUAUGUGGGAGAGAACCAAAGAAUUAGCCGUGAUCCAACCAGACAGGCGCUCUAGCGUGGGGCUGGAGGAGCCGGAUGAGGUGCGUCCUCUGGGCAUGACCCAGCUAGUCCCAGGCCUGCAGCCGCUGGUGCUGUGGAUGGCCAACUCCAUCGAGCUGCUGCACUUCAUCCAGCAUGAGGUGCCCCUGCUGCUGCCCUGGGGUCAGACCACCGUCCAGCAGCGGGACGGGGAGGAGCACACGGAGGACGAGCUGGACAGCCAGCAUGGCACAGGCCUCUCCGACUCCCAGAUCCUGUCCACCCGCACGGCCAGCGAGGAGGCCAUGACCGUGCUGGAGGAGGUCAUCAUGUUCACCUUCCAACAGUGUGUCUAUUACCUCACCAAAAGCAUGUACGCGGCGCUGCCGGGGCUGCUGGACAGCAACCCGUUCUCGGAGAGCGGCGCGCUGCGGGUGCCGGCGGGCGUGAGCGCCGUGCUGGAGGUCCUGCAGGGGGCGCUGCAGCUGCUGCAGGCCUUCCAGGUGCACGGGCAGAUCUCCUCGCAGCUGCUGGCCUACCUGUUCUUCUUCACCAACGCCUCACUCUUCAACACGCUCAUGGAGAGAGGUUCUGGGGGUGGGUUCUACCAGUGGUCCCGCGGGGUUCAGAUCCGUGCCAACCUGGACCUCCUCAUGGACUGGAUUCAGGGGAUCGGAUUGGGGGACCUUGCUGCCGAAUUCUUCCAGAAGCUCUCCUCCGCCGUCAACCUGCUGGCCACCCCCAAGGAGAACCUCCUUCAGGCGUCCUGGACAUCCCUGAGGGCCGAGUUCCUGCACCUGAACCCGGCGCAGCUGCACCACAUGCUGCGGGAGUACAACCCCGGCAGGAGCUGCCCCUCCAGCUGGAGCCCCACGCCGGACGACGCCGAGGCCGCGCUCCGAACCAGUGACAUCCUGGAGAGUUUUGACAACCACCCUCCCCUCAUCCUGCCCAGCCACAGCUUCCACUUGGAGCUGGGCAAGCCUGUGGUGGACCAGGGGCUCUUCAGACAGCUGGAGAGGAUGCAGGAGUUCCUCCGUACCCUCCCUGUAGACGACACUCCCGUCAGCUCACAGACUGCAGACGGGCACCAGUCACUGACCUCCCCCUCCGUCACCGCGUCUCAGACGUCCAUCCCUUCGUCCCCGUCGUCCUGGUCGGAGGCCCACCGGCGAGCGCUGUCGCGGGGCACGCUGGACUCGCAGACGCGUGGCUCCCACAGCGAUCUGAGCUCGUGCGAGGCCGGCCUGCUCACCCAGAAGCUGAAGAGCCUGGAGCUCCAGAGCAGCCUGCCGGGCGAGGCCGGCCUGGGCAUCCACAAGAGCCUGGCGCUGGACCCGUCCUGCCUGCUCACGCCGCCCAACACGCCGCAGAACAUGGAGCAGGCCGAGCUGGAGGCCAGCCUGCAGGAGGGGGCCCAGCACAACAACGCUAGCCACCGCAAAGGUGCUGGAGACCAGCAGAAGGGGAGCAGAGAGGAGGAGGAGGAUGAAGAGGACAGGGAGGAGGUGUUCACCGUGGAGCUGACAAGAGGGCCCCACGGCCUUGGGCUCGCCCUCGUGGAUGGCAUGAAAACGCCCCUGAAGAUAAAGGGCAUUUUCAUCAAGUCCGUGGUGCCCGACUCCCCCGCUGCACGGUGCCAGAAGCUGCGACUGGGCGAUCGCAUCCUGGCAGUGAACGGAGUGAGCCUGGUGGGCAUGGACUACCACACCGGCAGAGAGCUGAUCCGGACGUCUGGAAACUCGCUCCGGUUACUGGUGGCCAAGACGGAGGCCCGGUCCAGUGGCAGGAGCGCCAUGGCAAAGUGCUGAAACAGAACGUGAACAGCACGCACUAAAUGGACAUGAGGCAGCUGAGGCCUCCGAAAGCCUGUAAAGGAAUAACCGUGGCUUUUCUGACUGGGACAGGCUCCUUCUCAGUCUACAAAAAAGAGACUCUCUUUCUGUGUUCAUCCGUUUUUUUUCAUGUUCCUGUGUUCUAAAAAAAAAAAAAGCAUGCAUCUCUUACACCAAAAAAACUGAGAAGUCAGAACAGCCCUGAAGUUUUGGGGGGGUAUGAGAGGGGGGGUGGGGGUUGACUAUCAGCACUAAAGAAAGCAAUACCACAACUGGAGACUGCCUUGCCCCAAACCGAACACUCUGCAAAAAGCAUCAUAGUGCUGAUGAAGGCAAGCUAUCUGCGGAACCCUUCCCUUGGGGCAUAUUUAAGGUUGCCUUGUGGGCUAAUGGUCAGCCCACUUUGCAAUUCCCCUUCACCAUUCUCAGCAGAUGCCCAGUGGUUCUGGUCAGGUUAGGAUGACUGUGGUGAACAGAGAUGCCUUCCGCAGCCGGGCUAUUUGAGGACGACCAAGGUCACUUCCACUCUGACUGGCAACAGAGCAGUGCCGAGACGUCCUUCCUGCCAGACCACAAAUCCUAUAAUAGCCCUCAGCAUAUUCAAACAUGAUACCAAAUAUUGCGAGAGGGAAAGAAAUAGUGUUGGACUUCACCAGGGCGGCCAUCUGACUGUUUUUACCUUCCUUUUUAAAACCAACAUUAUGUCUCCAUUAUCCAGUGGCUUUCAGAAAUGCAGAAAUGUAGGAAGGACACGCUAUCCAGCCUCGUGCAGCCGCCCAAAUGAGGACCGCUUCUUGUAUGGACCUCUUUAGUACCACUUCAGCAGUGUUA